CGAACGAAUUAACUUUAUUUUCGAAGAUGGCUGCGCCCAUGUCAACGAGGAAUUUGAUGAAAUGGAAUGAAAGGUUGUCCUGGAGUCAUGUUAAAAGGAUCCUCAAUUGUGAGAGAUUUCAGUUCCAGCUAUGUCGCACAAAGUUUGGAUAUAAUGACAAAAUAUCAGAGUACUUUGGAGCAAAUAAGAAAUUUCCUGAAUUUCAUCCUGAUGAUAGAAGAAUUUGUUUUACUCCAGAGGAGCAACUUAUGAAGAUAAUAGUUCCGCCCGAUCAGCCAGAAAAUUCCCAAACCCUCAGGGUGGCUGUCAUUGGUGACCCUAAUGUAGGGAAGUCCUCCCUCAUCAACAGACUACUACGACACAAGAUCCUCCCAGUAUCGAGGAAGAUAAACACAACACGGAAGAACACACUUCUAGUGCUGACAAAGGAUGAGUUCCAGAUCAAGUUUGUGGAUACUCCUGGAGUUUUACAUCCUGAAGCAAAAUCAAGGCAUUGUGUCCCAUCAUCCUUGGUGAUAGACCCAGACAAGGCAGCAGGUGAUGUAGACUUAUUAGGAGUAGUGGUGGAUGUGAAGGACAAGUUCCGUCGAAACACACUGAGUAAAACAGUGACAAAGAUUCUACAUCUCCAUAGAAACACACCGACUAUACUAAUUUUGAACAAGGUAGAUGCUAUAGUGAACAAAGAAGGUCUUCUGAACACUAUUGUCUCCUUAACAAACAAACAACUCGAGGGAAAACAGAUACCAGUAAUGUCGAUGAAGAGAACACACACACUGAGCAGGAGGGAUAAUCAAACGGACUUCAUAGACUCGGUGAUCAAAAACUUCAAAACUUCCAGAGAAAUUACUGGACUAUCUGGCAGUGAAUCGGAGGACACUAGUACAACAGUGAGGGGUGGGGCAGAGGCAGAGGAACAGACUAUGUCCUCAGGUGAGGCGUCAGAUGAGGACGAUGAUUUACAGUUGAGGAGGUACUUGAAGAGGCUGGAUGGCUGUCCUGAAUCUGCUGUUCAGGGAACGGGCUGGUCCAAUUUCCAGGAAGUGUUCAUGGUGUCUGCAUUAAAUGAUGAUGGUGUGGAUGAUUUGAGGGAGUAUAUGUUUUCCUGUGCCAAGCCUGGGGAUUGGAUGUACCACAGCUCAGUCAUUACAGAUGAAUCUCCUUAUAAACUAGCACAAAAUAUCGUCUGGGAGAAAAUGAUGGACCAUGUCAAAUUUCCUGUCUACGAGCUGUAUCCUGAGAUAAAACUCUGGCAGUGGGAUUGGGACUAUGACUAUCUAGAGAUCCACAUGACCAUCACCUGUAGCAAUACUUUCCUGGUGGCAUCUGUUGUAAAGGAAGUUUCCGUUAUAAUAGAAAAAGCAAAAGAAGAAUUAAGAAAUCUUUUUAAGUGUAAUGUGAAAUUACAUUUAUUGGUGAAGAAAUAAAGUCAUUGAACAUGUAA